GGUACUGGGAAUGGGGGGUCCUGAUCUGGCCCCAGGGCAAGGGACCACCACCCUCCCGGGGUUAGUCCCCCCCUCCCCCGCCCACGGCUGGACAGCGGGCAACGGAAUCCCAAAAGCAGCUGUUGUCUCCAGAGCAUUCCAGCUGCGCUUGGAUUUCGUUCCCUGCUCUCCUGCCAGAGCAGCGUCCUGGCCUAGAUGGGGUGGGCCAACCCCUGACCCCAGACAUACUUUAUUUGGGUCUCUCUGGUCUCCGCCCCUGUCUCAGGUGCGCCCUCAGGCUGGAGAUGGUGGGCGUAGGCGUCGGAGAGCCAGGGUUAUGGUCAUCUCUUGAACCUGGAGUAGCACUGACAAGGGAGGUUGGUCCCAGGGCCUUUGGACAGGGCUGCAAUGGCGGUGAGGCCCACAGGGCAGGGCCACCCCAGCCCGCAGGCUAUAGAUAGCCUUUCACUUCCUGGGGAAAACCCACCCCAACCGUCUUCGUGUACCGAGUAGCUGAAGUCCCCGGCUUGGCCUCCAGCCUCCAGCCUGUUAGCAGCUGUCCCUGGGUCAUGCGACUGCGGAAUGGAAAGCGCUUUGGAAUGACACGAUCACUCCCGUUGAGUGGGCACCCAAGAAGCCAUCGGGAAUGUCGUGUCCGCCCAGUGCUCUUUCAGGGAUCCCAGCAGGGCCUUGCAGCCCUGGCCCAGAAAGGGGUCUUGCCAAACUUCCUGCUCCUAGGAUCCCCUCCUUUCUGAACUCUGGGCACUCUCACUGCUCCAGAGCAGUAAUUAUGGGUUUCCUGCACUCUGUGCUGUGUCGGGUUCAAUCUCCAUUAAAGAAAAUAGAGAAAAGGGGGAUUUAAGUUACACUGAAAUGAAAACAUUCCGGAGUCCUUGUGGGACAGAGGAAAGAGCUCUCUAGUGGAAUGGGAUGCUCCCAACUGAGAGCAGUCCUUUAGCUGGGUCCUCUCAUGGUCACAUUGUUUAUUUUGCCUACAAUGGCUCGUUGCCUAAACCAAAAGGCCUGAGUAUCCCUGAUAAUGUACACAAGGUUAAAAGCAUUAAAAACUGGUAAUUCUGGAAAAUAUCAUGAUGGUUCUAAUUCCUCAAAAAUCAAGAAAAGAAAUCCUACCAGAGUACGCAUUUAUCGGGAGUAAAGACCCAAAUAGCAAAGGAGGAAUGGGCUGUAAAUAACCUGAAGCCGCAGAACACAGAUUCUUUCAAAAAUGAGAUUUUUUUUUUUUUUAGGAGGUCCUGAAAAUGGUUAGCUGCCCUAUUCCGCUGACAAUUCAUUUGGAACUUUUGACGUUUGAUCAAGUGUCAAAUGUGGGGAAUGAAACGUUAUCACAAAUAGGUAAGAUUUCGAUGAAACAGUCGGGUCUGGGCCCCACUCGGUAGCGAGGAUCCUUUCCCUGGUUGCUAAUGCUGGUGACGACGACGGAACUCUAGGCCGAAGGCGGACCUCGCGAUGCCGGGGCCGGGCAGGGCAGGCGGACCACGCGGAGGGAGUGCUGGGACCGAAGGUCGAAAGCGGCCGCCACGGUCCCCUCUGGCGCACCUGUCCGCUCAGGGACCGCCACCGGAUACGCGCCCCGGCCAGUCGGCCCUCCCGGAAGCUCGACCUCCUGACGUUUUGCUUCCGGUUCCGCUGGCUCCUUCCGGUCGCCAUGGCGACGGGGCGCUUGGGGGUCGGGGAGACGCUAGGGGCCCUCAACACGGCCCUGGGGCCUGGCGACCCCGUGUGGUUCAAGGAGACGCGCGCCCGCCACCUGCGCGCCCGAGACUUCCUGGCGCCGCGGCCCGCGCUGCAAGCGCGCUUCGGGGACGGACAGGUGCCCGAGCGUGUGGUCCGUGCGGUCGCCGGCCUGCAAGGCCCCGGCGUGGCCCCGGUGCUGCGCUGCGCGCCGACGCCCGCGGGUCUGGCACUCCAGCUGCAGCGGCCCGCCGUCUUCGAGCGCGUGCUCGGCGCCGUGGCCGCCUAUGUCGCGCCCGCCGCGCCCGCCGCGCCCGGCCCGCGCGUCCUCCUGCACUGCCCGGCGCUGCGCGGCGCUCCAGGCGCGCUCCGCUUGAGCCAGCUGCGCGCCGUGCUCGUGGCCGAUCAUUUGGCGCGAGCUCUGCGCGCGCAUGGCAACUGCACGUGGACUGGCCCGCUGCCUCCGAGAGAGCCGCCACCGAAGCCCUGAGGAGCCUCGCGCUUGCAGAGCUUAGCCCUGCCCGGGACGGGGAAGCCCUGCCCCCUGGCGUCCUGGGCACAGUGUGCCUGAAGGAGGUGAUGCAAGAACGGGGACGCGCAGGUGGCUACGACCCCAACCUGGACAAGUGUCUGGUGACUGAGGAUCUGCUCUGCGCGCUGGCCGAGCUGCAGGAGGCUGUCCGCCACGGGCCUGGGGACGGCCCUCCAGGCCUGGCAGCGGCCCCGGAUGCUGAUGCGGGCAGCUGCAUGGUCGUACACGUGGUGAGCUGUGAGGAGGAGUUCCAGCAACAGAAGUUGGACUUGCUUUGGUGGAAGCUGGACGAGCAGGCUCCGCUCACACAGAAGCACCUGGUCUGUGGCCCAGUGAAAGCAGCUGGUGCCCCCGGCGCCCUGACUGCCCCCGAGUACUACGAUCUCCGGCACGCCCAGGUGUGCAAGGCGUCGGCCCAGAAGCGCGGCAGGGAGCUGGCCCGAGACCCGGCCUGGAUGGAGGUCGUCCGCGUUCUCUCUGUGGCGACCAUAAAGUUCGAGAUGCUCAGCACAGCCCCACAGAGUCAGCUCCUCCUGGCCCUGGCCGGCGGCAGCAUUUCCACAAAGGGCACCAAGAGUGGCACCUUCGUCAUGUACAACUGUGCCCGUCUUGCCACACUAUUUGAGGGGUACAAGCACAGCACGGAACAAGGUCGGUACCCCACUUUUCCACCUGUGAGCAGUCUCAAUUUUUCACUGCUACAGGAUGAGGGUGAGUGGCUGCUGCUCUUCAACGGCGUGCUCCCCUUCCCAGACGUGCUGAGCCAGACCGCAGCCUUGGCGUGCGCGGCCCCGGGGCUCCACACGACGGCGCGCACCGAGACGAUGUGCAAGUUCCUGGUUCAGCUCAGCAUGGAUUUCAGCUCAUACUAUAACCGCAUACACAUCCUAGGAGUAAGUACACAGCAAAGGGGAGGGUGCUUGCAGGGGUGCAAGGGAAGCAAAGGAAGAGACCAGCAGGCCCCUUCUCUCCUCCAGGAGCCUCGACCACACUUGUUUGGUCAAAUGUUUGCCCGUCUCCAGCUUCUGCGGGCCGUGCGUGAAGUGCUCCACGCUGGCCUAGCCAUGCUGGGUCUUCCUCCACUGAACCACAUCUAAGGCCACAGAGACCCCGACAGCUAGGAAUGUUUACAAAGUCAUGACCUGGAAAAAAGAUACAAAGACGCUGUUAGAGACCUGGAGCCAAAAUAAAUUGCUUCUGUUCCGUACAAA